UGUGUACAGGGAUGUAAAUUUUGGAAUAACUCAACAGUGGCAGAUUGUAUGUCAGAUUGUAAUGAGACGUACUAUUUAAUAGGAAAUACAGAGGUGCAAUAUUGUAAUGAAGGGUGUGAAUAUGCAGCUAAUGAAUAUGCUAAUAUUGUAAAAGGUGAAAUUGGUACACCAACUCCACCUACCUUAUCAAGUAACUUGAGUGAUGUAACCAGUGUAAGCAUACCGUUAACAUGGGAAGAUGCUGGACAUCCCGAAGUUUCGUACCGUAUUCAGUGGAUUUACGCUGAUGACCCAUCAAGUAUAUGGCGCAACUAUGAUAUACCACCAAUCAAGGUCAAUAUGUUAGUAGUGGCUGACUUGUCUCCAUACGUGAACUACCAUUUCCGGGUUUUAUGGAUUAUUACAAGUUUGAAUUAUCUUUAUUCUAAUAAGUCAUUGCCAAUUCAGACACUUGCAUCUGGAGCUCCAUCUAGUCCGCCUACUAUAGUAAGUAUUACGAGUGCAUCAUUCAGUAGCAUUGAGAUCAGAUGGCAACCCCCCUUCUUCAUUAAUGGACCUAUCCAAAUGUACCGCCUUACAGCGCAGCCAGUAGAUGGUUCUACUGACCUAGUUAUAGAAGAAGAACCGGAAGAAGUAAGGGAGUAUUCUUUCCGAAGUCUUGCCGAUGGUGUAGCUUAUACAGUGACCGUCCAAGCACGAAAUAGUGUUGGAUUGGGCCCGGCAGCAUCAGCAAACAUUACCACACUCCACAGGCCAACAUAUGAGGGGGUAACCCCCAACUUAGUUGUUGGUGUGAAUAAUUUUUAUGUUGUCGAUAAAUUCAUUAAUGCACUCACGACCUUUGACAUCACAAGGUUAGAAUCAUUGGAGAGUGCUAACAGUGUUCAUGAAUUAGAAUUAGACGCUGCUAAACUCGACGGGUGUGCUGUAUAUUACACGGACAGACUUUACUUCUUUGCUGAUGAUUCUGGAAGUAUACAUAGACGGGCAGAAAUGGACAACCAAUCAACAAUCAUUUACAUCAGUACCAAACAUCCAAAAGAGAUGUCUGUUGAUUGGUUAUACAAAAAGCUUUAUUUCAUUGAAGACAAUCAGAUUUCCAGAUGUGAUUUUGAUGGUGGAAAUAUAGAAGUGGCUGUAGGGAAUCUUCUUUCCACUCCCACAGAAAUCAGAGUUGAUCCUUCCAAUGGAUAUUUAUUUUGGUCAGAGCUGAAUAGUGGCAUCUACAGACUGAAUCUAACGAAUGUGGUCACAAACACAAAUGAUAAGAAGCUGAUCAUUGCAAACUCAAAGAUCCAAGCAUUUUAUGUGCACAGUACAGACAAGCUUCUGUAUUACCCUGAUGAAGCUGGUAAAAAAAUAUAUUCUGUUAAUCUGCAGGGAACAGACCAAACUCUGAUAAAAAAUAUUUCAGGCCAGACCUUUCAAAAUGUCACCAGUUUAGUUCGCUACACUGAUAUUUUUUUCUGGGUGGAAUUCACUACUCAAGAUGCAAUGUACAGUUUCACUGGGAAGGGAGAUCCAAAUCAGGUGAUUGAGUUUGCAAUUCCAGAGGAUAACGCAGAAUUCCGUGGGAUGGUUGUGGACCAUCCAUCCUCGCAGCCCUACCCUGUUCCCCUUCAGCCGGAGAAUGCACAAGCACUGUUUACUAAUAAUUCUGCCGUUGUGGCUUGGGAUGAAUUGGCAGUAACUGGCAGUUGGCAGGGAUGGUCUUAUCGUGUCCAGGCCUUUAACGGUAAUACUCUAGUCUCCGAAACUAAUACGUCAACCAACUCUGCUGUACUAGAAAGCCUUACUGCUUCAACAUCCUAUGAAAUUAGAGUGAUUGGUUUUACUCCUGAUGGUGACGGGCCAGCUUCGACACCCUAUAGAGGUGAAACCCUACAGACAGCAAUUCCUGAACCUUAUUUAAUAGCUGGAACUGAGCAAGGUAUCCAGAGGGUAGGGAUGGAAGGCAGUGUACAACAGCCAAUCAACACAACAGCAGUAAAUGUUGAAGAUGGUUUUACUGCAGAUACUGUUGUGAUUCCGAUUGCUAUCCUAGCGGAUAGCAUCAAAAUCAUUGGCGAAGAUGCUGGUAAUUUUAAUGUGGAAUGGAAUGCCAGUUUAGAGGUCACCUAUUCACAGGUGUUCUACAAUCUGAAAAUUACUGUUAUUAACGGAGAGAUUAUAUCAAAAACCAGACUUACUCAGCCCUCCUACAACAUGAAAAACGUAGCACCUUACAGUCAGCUUAAUAUCACUGUGGAGGCAUAUACUUAUUAUGGUUUGGCACCCUCAUCUCAAUCAGCCCUUCGAUCUCCAGAAUCAGUGCCAUCUAUUCCACAAAAUCCGAGAGUGUUUGUGUCAGAAAGUGGAGACCCAUUGUCAAAUGAUGAUGGGUACGAGGCAGAGUUUAGAUGGGAAGCGCCCUCACUUUCUAAUGGCAUCCUUCUAGGAUACAACGUUUACUGGGGAACAAGCCCCGACAGUCUUCAAACUGAAAACAUUACAGAUAGUACUACAACAACUUACAAAACUGCACUGGAGCCAAACACAUUCUACUAUUUUCAAGUGGAUGCAUACACAAGAGUAGGUAGUGGUGGUAGGACCCAGCUUAUCAGUACCAAUACGAGCGCUCCGACUCCUGUCCCGACGGUACUUGUGUUCGGUGCUUCCGGUUUUGAUCGCAUUGAUCUUGACACUAACACUAAGGAAAGCAUUGGACUAAGUGACGUUCUUGCAUUAGGCUACAUCGCCCAGCGUAAUAACAUGCUGUACUACAUUGACGGGUCAGAUAAAUCCAUCAAGCAAGCUGAGGAGAAUGGGGAUAACCCUGAAGAGAUCCUUGAAAUUGGAAAUGAUCUCGACAAAAGCAAUGUUGGGUUCGCAGUUGACUGGCUGGCUCAAGCGAUUUAUUGGACUGAAAAGCAGAAUGAAAACAGUAUCAUCUAUUUUUAUGACCUAACAAUUGGCACCUUGGCAACCAAGACUGAAAUUGUUGUAGAUAAUAAUACCAUCACUAGCCUAACGGUCAACCCCCAGGGCAAUCAAUUAAUUUGGAGUGUGACAACUGGCAUCCUAAAGACCUCGUUUUACUCUCCGAAGAAUAAUUUUUUAAUGACUUCUAUUUUUUUUCAAUCAGGCUUACCGCCAGACACUAUUUCUGUUGACUCAUCUCGUCUUUACUGGAGCAAGAAUGGUGAGAGGCUGUUGUCAAGUGUUCUCAAGGCAGAUGGUAGUGAUUUUCAGACCUUAGCAUUUGAUGCUGAACUGAUAGUGGCACUUGACAGUUCGAUGCAGCCAUACCCAGCAUCUGAAUGCUUGGCUCCAUUACCGUACAGUGGUACUGUAGGCUUGUUAGGCCGCACCAGCACUACCUUAACGUUAGAUCUUACACCUGCCCUAUUUGGCAGUGUCUGUGGUGAGAUAGUAACAGCAGCAGUGGUUUACAAGCUUAAGUACACCGAUGGAACAACCACUUUGGAGAAGGAUUCGACAAGUACAUCUGUUGAUUUGGUUGACCUGACACCAUAUACAGACUACUCUAUACAGGUGUCAGUAAGUAAUUACUAUUCCACAGGAACACCUGUUCAAAAUUCACCUGUAGUGUUCAGGACUGUUGAGGAUGUUCCCUCCGCAGUCCGAAACCCAUUCGCAGUUGUGCUGUCACCUACUGAAGUAAUACUAACUUGGGAUGAACCCGAAACACUAAAUGGUGACCCCUACACCAUCUCAUAUGACAUCGAGUUUGAGUACACUAACAGUGAAGACAUCAUUCAGACUGGCCUGUUAGUAGAUGUAGUACGCAAGACAAAUUCAACACAUUUUAAGUAUGACGUGGACAAUCUGAUACCUUCAGCAACAUACUCUUUUAAGAUACUUGCCUAUUCUAUGUUACGUGAUAAAGAACCCAGCACAGCUGAAGUAGAUGAUGUAACUAUGUUUGAGAUGCCUGGGCAACUGCUGGUAAUGGAGACUACCAACUUCUCCAUUCAAUUAAACUGGACCUCACCAAGCGAUGGCAGUGUUGAGAGUCAUGAAUACCAGUACAAACCGGUGGAUAGUUCCUGGUUGUUAUGGGGAACAGUUGAAGCAACAACCUUAAACAGAGUGUACGAGGUAACAAUCGGCAACGACUCGCACCCUCUGAGCAGUAACACGCAGUAUGAAGUACGAACUAAGACUUACUAUGCUAGUGGUAGGAGUUCAUUCUCUAUUGCCAACUCAGUUUCAACUGCAGCUGGACUUCCUGGUGCUCCAGGUCAGCCGUCCGUAGAAUCAAUUCAAGUGGCUUGGAAAGAAGCUGAUAACAACGGAGCAGAGAUCAAGCACUAUAUUCUCCAAGCCAGUGUCCAGCCAGAUGGGUCAUGGUACGUUGUAUAUACAGGUGCUGAUGCAUUUUGGAUAAUCGCUAAUCUAACUGACAAAACCACCUACCUAUUCAGAGUAGCUGCUGUGAAUGAUAUAGGCCAGGGAGAUUUUAGUAUAAAAAGUGCCCCCUUUGAUCAUAUCAGUCCAACAAAAGGUCCAAUUACUUCAGAAGAUAACAGCAUUGUAAUAAUCGUCGCAGUCAUAGUUGCAGUUGUUUUGGUGUUGAUAAUUGUCGUGGCAAGUUUUGUCCUGUUAAAACGACGGAAGAAAAAACCGCAGCAAAUCACAGUAAAAUUCAACUCGGACACUGAGCUAGCAGCAUUACGUCAGUACCCACAGAAUCUUGUGAAAAGAGAUAAUCAAAUCUAUGCAGUGACGAAUUUGGAGAAUGGACAGAUGGUUGAGUUGCCAAUCUUUCCAAGAGAACGCCUCAAUCUCAAAACUUUUCUGGGAAGUGGAGCGUUUGGGGAAGUGUUUGAGGGUCAGGCUGAGGACAUUCUUGGGGAAGGCAAAGGUAUUACUAAGGUUGCUGUUAAGACAUUAAGGGACAAAUCAACAGACCAAGAAAAAGAAGAAUUCUUAAAAGAAGCUGUUUUAAUGGGUAACUUCAAACAUCCGAACAUCCUGGCACUUUUGGGAGUAUGCCUUGACAACGACCCCCAGUACAUCAUUUUGGAGCUGAUGGAAGGUGGAGAUCUUCUAAAUUACUUGAGAGCUGGACGUGGUAUUGCUGGCGGUCCUGCCAAACUCACCUUGCUCAACCUGAUAGAUAUCAUUAUUGAUGUAGCCGCGGGCUGCAAGUAUCUGGAAUCUAUGCAUUUUGUACACAGGGACAUAGCAGCUAGGAACUGUUUGGUGUCCACAAAAGCCUACGGUGUAGAAGACUGCUCGGUGAAGAUUGGUGACUUUGGCUUGGCCCGUGAUGUCUACAAAAGUGAUUAUUAUCGCAAAGAAGGUGAGGGAUUGCUACCGGUUCGCUGGAUGCCUCCAGAAGCCAUUAUGGAUGGAGUGUUUACAAAUUUUUCAGACGUUUGGGCAUUUGGUAUUGUUCUGUGGGAGGUUUUGACGUUAGGCCAGCAGCCAUAUCCAGCAAGAUCUAACGUAGAAGUACUGCAAUUUGUCACUGAGGGAGGACGAUUGGACAGCCCGGAAAAUUGCCCAGACGAUAUAUAUCAAUUGAUGAUUAAAUGCUGGAGCAAGCAAGCCACUUCAAGACCAUCGUUCCGAUCUAUAGUAGAAAGACUAGAAAACUUCAGGCGCAAGUCAAAAGCUAUAUCUGGUGCAGACGUCUUGGGCUUUGAAACUUCAGCCGGACUGAAACUGAACUACGCCAGGAUUCAACCGUCCGCAGAUGAGUACCUUGACCCUAUCACGAGCAAGCAAUCUCUCGUUCCUGAUCCGCCUGCAUUCACGGACAUCGACCUGAGUGAACCGGCAAGCCCGACGGAUUCCGGAAUGGGAACUCUUAAAGAUAACACAACAGAUGAAGCGACUGGUGAAGAGGGAGGUGGCCUUAAGAAAAAAAAUAGCUUACGUAAUAGCCUCCGUAAAAUGCUUCCUGGUUCUAUCUCGGGGAAAACAAAGGAAAGAACACCUUUACCAGAAUUAUCCAGGCCACCACCUCGUGAAUUUGAUAACAGUAAAUAUUCUAAGACCCCUAGAUACGGCCCCGCUCCAGUAAGUCGAUCGGGGAGUAAAGUCUCGGCGAUAUCUGGACAGAAGCCGAACUAUGACGAGAAAGGGUACAAUGCCGAGCUUCCUCCACCGCCUCCAUUUUCCACGCAGUCCUCCAGUCCAGUCGCCUCGCGUCCUGCAGGCCAUGUACGGCAGCCGAACCCGUUCAGAGCUGAUUCCGAUGAGGAACAGGAUAAGAGGAAGUACAUUAAUUCCAGCGUGAUCAAUGUAUGAAAAUAAGGGUGCAAUGUUUAUAAAAAUGAAUUUUAGCAUGUUAAAUGAGAGUGUGUGCUCCAUGUAAAGGAACCAUUCUUUCCAUAUCAUAUCAUAGACUGCUUCUGCCAUACUCAAUUAUCCAAUAAUUGUCCAAUAAAAAAAUUAUCUGAUAAUUAUCAAAUAAAAUUCCUGAGGGAAUGGCCCUUUAUUUGAUAAUUAUAACUUUUGUUCUCUGUCAUUGAGAAAAAUAUAUUUGUUCAAUGUUUAUAAUUAAUUGGAUAAUUUUAGUUAAGAAUUCAACAAGGAUUGAUGAGCGACCGAGAUCAUAAUUGCCCCAAGGAAUUCUCGUUCAUGCAUACAAUUGUUUUCCCUGCAUGGUGUAUAUAACAAGUAUGCCCAUACUUUCACAAGCAAAUGCAUUGGUUUAGUAUUGUAGGUCCUCUCAUUAACACAGAUUCAAUUUAUAACAAGAGAACACAGAUUGGGUCAAGUUUGAGAGGUUGGCUUAUACACAAUGGCUGAAAAUUGCAAGCAGUAAAUAGUGAGCCAGCAAUCAAAAUGGUAGAUAGGUCUUUGCCUUAGAGCUUGUUAUGUUUUUAAUGAAAUUUAUUUCAGCAUUGGUUCAUUACACUUUUUGUCUGAUGCACUCAUAACUAGUAGAAUUUUCAUUCCAAAUAUUUUUUAGGGGGUGUUUUUGUAUUUCAUUUUUGCUUGAAAAUGUCUCAAAUGCUUGAGUGUGACCUUAUACUUGGAGUUGACACAGGGUCAUUUUAUUUUAACAAUAGAAUUAAGGUUGCAGUAUAAACAAUGAAAUCUUCCUCCGAGAGAUGAAAAUGUACAUUGGUCGAAGGCUAUAUUGUGGUCCAUGUUGAAUCUGCACAAUCGGUGCAUUUUUUUGAUAAUUUUUAUCAAUUAAUUUUUCACUUGCUGUUGUAUAUCCUGAUACUGGUUGUAUCUGCAUAUAAAUGAAGAUUCAUGCUGCAUUUUAACCAUUCACAAACUGGACAGCUAAGGAUGUUGAUAUUUUUCAAUAGGAAAGAUGAAUGAGAGAUUAAAAAGCAAUGUAUGUAUACACACAGUGUGUAUAAUUUUGAUGCUAUUCAGUUUAAGCCAUCCAAACAUUAAUAAAUCUUCCUUGGAAGAAUUUCUAUGCAGUAUAACUUAACCGUCUCAAAAGAAGAAAUGCAAUUUAUGUUGAACUUCAUUAAGAAAUUAAUUCUUAAAAAUUAUUAUAAAUUAGUAAUUUAAUAAUAAUGACAGCUAUGUUUACCUAUAUUAUAGUAAUAAUAAUUAUGAUUAUUAAUAUUAUUAUGAUUAUUAUUAUUAUUAUUGUUAUUAUUAUAAUUGUUAUUAUAUAUUGUAGUUUUUUCUUUUUAUGUCAGACUGAAUGUAACAUAUUUAUAUCCCACCUUGAAUAUUUUACCACCAAAUAUUAGAACUUACUGGUUUCUGAAACUGUUAGAUGUCACCUUGAAGAUACUGUUUUGAACUCAUUCAAAACAUUCCACAGUUUUUAUGUCUGAAUGUAAAAAAUUACUUCUGCCUUUGUGAAAGUUUAUACUUAAAUAUUGUGCCUUGAUUUUAUACUGGUGUCUGCAAGUCUUAAUUUAAACAUUUUAAAGAUUUACAUUAUUUUUUUAAAUGUUGGAGUGCUAAUUUCAAUUUUGAUUAUUUAUAAUAUAUGAUAUAAAACUACCCACAUAUAUAAUUUUGUUAUAGUCCAUCAGUUUUAGUACUCUGUUUUUACAUUUUACAAAAUUAAAAUAAGUACAGCUAGUUAUAAACAGUAACAAAAUAUAUACAGUCAUUUAUAAUGCUAAAGGUUUAUUUGCUUGGCAGCCAUUUAAGUGAUUUUUUGUAUUUGUGAUGAAUUAAUAUUACAGAGUAAUAUCUCAUUACUUCAUUUAGCAACUCUAUUAUUAUUAUAUUAUAACAGUGCAUCAUUAAGUAUUUUUAGGAAACAUAUUUUUUUUGUAUAUAUAGACUCAGGGUUGUAGAUUUUAUUAUAACAGUAUGCAUGUAGGUAUGUCGUGUAUUGCCAUUGUUAGUUUAAGCUGCUGCAAAAUGCUUUAGUAGUAUUUUUAAAUAUUUUAACUGCAAAUAUAAUUAACUCAGUAUAUUAUUAUCCAUGUUUUUAUGUUGUAAAUGUAUAUUUUUUAUUAUAAUUACUUUAAGAUAAAUUAAAUAUUAACAUGUAACAUCGCCUUGAUCAAUUAGAUACAUACCCAUUGCGUUGGUUUAGUUGUACCGUGGAGGUUUUUAUUAGUGAAUUAUAUUGCUCCACGUUUCUAUAAUUAUAUGCAUUUUCAAAUAUCUUGGCUACCCUGCUAAAUUUUUGCAAUUCUUUCAUCAAUUCUGAAGCCAAUUAAUAUCGCUCUAUAUAAUUGUCAUAUUUAUGCCACAUUUUUGAAGUAUGUUUUAGUUCUAGUUCUUGUCUGCACUCCCAGACUACUGACCUGAGGAUGCCAAUAUGUUACAUUUAAAAUAAAAAUAAUUUACAUUUAGAACAAGUAUGACUGUACUCGAUGCAUUCAACGUGUUGAACAUGUUGCCUCUCAGUGACAGGUGUACACACUGAUUACGUUUCUGUCACUGUCACGGAGCAGUAAUAAUAUUACUUUAAUAAUAUUAUUACUCCUCUGUUUUUGUUAUAAGAAAUAAUGAAUUUAGUCAAAUUUCGACUGUUAUGUGAAUAAUGAAUUCUGUGCCAAGUAUAUAUAUGCAAAUUGAUUACUAAUACCAUUAAAUUAUAUAUUUAUACAUUAUAUUGAUGACAAAUAAAUAUUUGAUCUUCAGUUUUAUUGAGUCUGGUCUUGGUGUCUGUUAUCAGAAUGUAUUUAUCUACCGUCAUUACGUA